AUGUCCGAGUGCCGUCUGGCAAGCAACCAGAUCUGUCCAAAGCUCGCAGCACGCGCCGGCACGCUCCUUAACUCGCGCGGUUUCCAAGGCCUGUAUCGAACUAAAGAGGAAAAGGAAGUGGAAGAGGAAGAAGAUGAAGAAGAGAUAAAGAAAAAAGAAGAAGAGGAAAUGGAAGGGAAAGAAGAGGAACAGGAAGGAGAAGAGAAAGGGGAAGAGGCUGAAGAAGAGAAAGAUAAAGAGGAAGAGGAAGGGGAAAAUGAAGAGAUAAAGAUAAAGGAAAAGGAAAAAUGA